GUGGCACUGCAGGGCCGGGUGGCCAUUUAUAAAUUUCCCGCACCCUGCUUGUGCGCGCUCCCCGGGAGCACGCAGCACCGCGAUCCAGUGCCCGCUGUGUCCUCCGGACACAGUGAAAUACUGAUCGUUGGACGGGACCUCUGUACGAGGUCCCGAUCAUGUGAUCACUGAUUGGCCAAUCAGUGAUCACAUGCAAAGUAGUAAGCAAGCUGUCACUUCUGACAUCAUUGCUUACUACGUGUGAAAUCUGUGAAUGAUCACAGAGGUCACAUGGUACAAGGCUAU